UGAUUGUAAACAAAUUUUGUGAUUUCGCGUGUUCAGUUUGUUAUUUUCUUAUUAAUUGAAGAUUGCGUAACAUAUUACUAAAAAACUGUUUAAAUAUUAAGAAAUAUUACAAGAUGCUGCGUAAAUCCGUACUACAACAGAUUCGCUGUGCGCACAGUACUGUGUCAGCCAGCGCACGACCAUAUUGGAAGAAGAAUCCUCAUUUAGACCAGAUAAUUCGAGUAGACCAUGCAGGCGAGCUGGGCGCGGACCGUAUCUACGCUGGUCAGAUGGCAGUGCUCGGUAGCACCGCGGAAGGUCCACUCAUACAACACAUGUGGGACCAGGAGAAGAAGCAUCGCGCCAAGUUUGAGGAGCUAAUCAAUGAGUACAGAGUCCGACCCACGGCGCUUACACCUAUAUGGAAUGUCGCUGGCUUCGUGUUAGGCGCUGGCUCAGCGCUCUUAGGCAAAGAAGCGGCGAUGGCUUGCACAGUUGCCGUAGAAACCGUGAUAGUAGACCAUUAUAACGACCAGCUCCGAACGUUAAUGGAGGACCCUAACAUCGACAAGGAGAUCUUGCAGACUAUUACCAAGUUCCGUGAUGAGGAGCAGGAACACCAUGACACAGGGAUCGACCAUGGAGCUGAACAAGCACCCUUCUACAAAGCCUUGACUGAAGUUAUAAAGGCUGGAUGUAAAUGCGCCAUUGCUAUUUCGAAAAAGGUUUAGACUAAAGAGGUUUUUGACAUUUAAAGAUGGCGGCGGUGAAGUGGCUCUUGUUUACGUCAAAUCGUGAUACUGGCCGAAAAUACGCAAGUGAGUAAAAUUGAACUCACCAAGUAGUUUUGUUGCAAAGUAAUGGUCAUAAGGUCAUAAAUUAUAGUCUGUUGAUAUGAA